AUGGCGGCUUCAAAUCUAAUACGAAUCUAUGAGGGUGAAAAAAUUGCAGAAAUUUACUCCAAGCAUAGGUACGCAUAUCCACCUUUAGUAGCUGAAACUAUAAUGAACUACUUACGGAAAAUUUAUACGAAUACAGAUGGAAAUACGUUCGAAUAUAUGUUAGACGUCGGAUGCGGAACUGGUCGAUCUACACACGCUUUCUCACCGUUUUUCAAAUCCAUCUUAGGCAUUGAUAUAAGUGAAGCACAGAUUGAGCAAGCGAAGAAAAUCAAUGAAAGUGAUAACAUAAUAUUCAAACUUUCUGAUGGUCACACAUUUCCUGUAGACGACGACAGUGUUGAUCUUGUAACUUGUGGAGCUGCUGCACAUUGGCUCGAUAUAAAAAAGUUUGAAGAGGAGUGUGAACGAGUUCUAAAGCCGAAUGGAUGUUGCGCUAUUUACAUAUCAACUUUUCAAGAUGUCCGAAAUCUAGUAGAGACGGAUGAUAAAGUGAAACCGGGUUCAAACUCCCACGUAUUUAGAACAUGCUUACGUGAAUUUUUGGAUGAUAUCAACGCGCACGAACGCAAUUACAUUGCACACGACGGUUACCAAGAUAUUUUUGAUCGAAUACAUAACACUUCAAAAGAGUGGCUUACUUUCAGACAUGAGCGUGAAUAUACAUUGGAUAAAUAUAGAGCAUACGCAAGAUCCAUAAACGAUUAUAACAUAUUCAUUGAUAAAGAAAAACCAAUCGUCGAUCCAAUUGAUGUAUUAGCUAAGAAGAUCAAAAAAACUCUUGGAAAAGAAAACGAACCAGACGAGGAGGUGAAGGUGAUCAUCGAAUAUGAGUAUCGUUUUAUCAUGCUCACAAAAUCAAAUACGGGAACUGAUUAG